AUGAAGGCCAUGCUGAAAGUUGCUUUAGCAGACUUCCAGAAGUUUUAUGGUUUACCACCCACAGGGAAGAUGGAUGAAGCCACAAGCAAAGCUUUGCAACAGCCUCGCUGUGGGGAGAAGGAUAUACUGUCUCAUAAGGAGCUGCAUAGUCGUAGAAAGAGGUACACGCACUGGGGUGAGCCAUGGACAGGACACCACUACCCACAGAACACAGUUCUGUCUCAGGCAGCUGUGGAUGAAGAAACAGCACUAGCAUUUGCUGUGUGGGCAAGUGUUCAGACAAGUUUCAAGGAGGGCAGAUAUCAACAUUUCAUUCUUCAGGGGGCAGCAUGGAGAUGGAAAGCCUUUUGA